GUCGAUGAGACUACGAGUCGACGAGGUUGGAUUUACAUGAUCGACGUAAAACUAGAGUGAGUGAAUUCACCUUCUUCUACCUCCUCAAAGAGUUGUGCUCUAUAGGUGGAGCGAACAGCAUGCUCAUGCGACCUUCGUCUCUCUCUCUCCUCUUACUUCUGCCAAGUUACUGCUGUGCAUUAUUGGGAGGUUACAGGAAUUGAAUGCCUUGUCCGCUAGCUUAUAUAGUCGGCCAAGCUUCGGCUGCGAACGAUGACGACGGCCAUGGCUGUUACCGGACUGGACCGGAACUCCAAUGGCGUGCAUUCAUUGGCUUAGUUCUCCGCGCUUGUGACACCCAGUGAGAAGCCGAAGCUGCUGCAACAGGAAGCUAAGAUCAUCAUCAUCAUCAGCAGCGAAAUGGAGAGUCUAGACUCCGACCUCUCCCGGAAGCUCGACCUUGAGGCUUGUUUCCUUAGCCCAAGCGUUCAGCUCCGAGGGACCGGUGACAUGGAGGAGACGCUCGGUGCUCUCUUGGAUCGCCAAGCGGUGAUGAGGUCGGGUGCUCCUUGUGAAGCGGCUGCUGCUUCUUUUCGAGCUAUCAGCAGGCCGGAGAUCGUCGACCGGUGCUGCAGUCUAACUCAGGAUUUUGGAUUAUCCGAUGACCUACCUGUCAUCAGCAAUAUCAGUCACGACGAAGAUGUUAUCUCUGCCAUCUUUCCUGACAGCGAAAACUUCUGCAACUUGAGCUGCACCGGUAAUGUUUCUUCCGGGGAGUCCGAGAACCAUGGCUCGUUCGAUGACCUUAAGUGGAACAGAGAUGAGAUGGCCUCCCGAGUCUCCCCUGAUCCACUUCUUCCCACUGCCAAGAGAAAGCCGAAUUCUUCGCCCGAGGAAGAAGGUCUUCGGAAGAACCCGAGAUCGGAGAAGCAUUCAAGCUCUGUGGCCAUCGAGACUAUAGCAGAGGCGAAGGAGAUGAUCUACAGGGCUGCAGCGCUGAGGCCGCUGACUCUGGGAAUGGAGGAGGCGGCGGCAGCCGAGAAGCCAAAGAGAAAGAAUGUGAAGAUAUCAAGUGACCCACAGACGGUGGCAGCAAGGCGCAGGAGGGAAAGGAUCAGUGAGAGGCUGAGGGUGCUGCAAAGGCUGGUCCCCGGCGGGAGCAAAAUGGACACUGCAACCAUGCUCGAUGAGGCCGCCAACUAUCUUAAGUUCCUCAAGUCUCAGGUCAGGGCCUUGGAAACCCUCGGUGAAAGGCAUGGCCAUGCAACCAACAGUGCCAUCCACCCCUUUCCACUAGCUCUGAACCAAGCUUUUAGAAUGCAAAGAUGAGAGAUGAGGCACGACUCAUCCCUGCGAGCAUGGGGCACGAGUCAUUCCCUUUUCUCAUUCAGAGAUAACUUUCCCAAAUCCACAACACCCAACCAUAAGAAACUAUUGGCUAUUAGCUUUCCCCACCAAUAGUUUCAGCUAUAGAUUAAACCUCUUGUGUAUCCAUAGCCUUUUUACCUCUAAGGAAUAGAUAGCAGCAGUGCAACACUUUGGCUUUCACCCUUCAGAUACCUGUGAACUAGUUCCUGUCAACUGCACAUAUAAGAGCUUCACGGUCACAUUUAAUCUGACACCCUGAAGUCUGACUUCUCGAUCACAAAGUUGUAAGAGGUCGAUCUGUUCUCUGUCAUCCGAUUGACCUGAAGCGCGAAUUUUACAGUGUCGCAGAGCACGAUGCUGUCUUGGUUAAGCCGGAGUACCUUUGCGAAGACCACCUGCACAAUAGGUGAGCACGUUGGAGACAGAGAGACAGAGGUUGCCAGUCUACGCAAUCGCUCUGCUCCAAUUACCUUUCUCUACUAUUCUCUUCGCUGAACUGUGUACUGAUUAUGAUGUCAUACAAAAGUGCCUUCCGGCGGUCUCAGAUCAAAAGUGCCUUCUGUGAUGUCCGUGCAAAGAUCUUAAACACUGACUCUUUUCUUCU